AUGGGUGCGAAGGUGCCGCGCAACUUCCGAUUGCUCGAGGAGCUGGAAAAAGGCGAGAAGGGCUUAGGCGCUGAGGCAUGCUCUUACGGUUUGGACGAAGGCGAUGACCUCCUCAUGACCAACUGGAAUGGAACCAUACUGGGCCCACCUCACAGUGUACACGAGAACCGCAUAUACUCCCUCAAGAUUCAUUGCGGGUCAGAGUAUCCGGACAUGCCGCCUGAAGUGACGUUCAUAAGCAAGGUCAACUUACCAUGUGUGGAUCAGAGGAACGGAAAGGUCGACCUCACGAAGCUCCCAAGCAUUGCAAACUGGAAGCGUGACUUUACCAUGGAGACAAUCCUGAUUGAGAUUCGACGCUUUAUGGCCGCGCCGGCCAACAAGAAGAUACCGCAACCAGCGGAGGGCACGAACUUCUGA